AUGCAAGGCAGAGCUUUGCUGUUAGCAGGGAUCUUGACCGUCACUGUCAACACUGUGAUUGGAUCACAGCUAGAUGAAAAACCUCGAGCAUGUGAUGAUUUCUCGAUCAGCAUAGCGACUCAAGAAGAUAUCGACUUCUACUCCACUUGCACGAGGAUAGAAGAUGGUAUUCCGUUUAGCAUCAAUCAUACUUUCACGGGGCCGUUUCAAGUGCCAAACGUUAAGUAUAUAUCUGGAAAAUUCAAUGCUGGGUAUUUGGGUCCGAAAUUUAAUUUUUCCGACCGAGUGGAUGAUGCGGUCACGUCCAUCUCCAUGCCAGAUUUGGAGGAGGUUGGCGAUUGGGUUCUGAUCGCAUAUUUGAACGAACUGACGAACGUAUCAUUCCCAAAACUCCGUACCAUCGGCAAUGAUUUGGCGAUGGCAGCCAACCCGGAACUUAAAAAGGUCACGUUCCCGGCACUGGAAAAUGUCUCUGCGGGAAUAUUAAUCGACGGGGAUUUUGACGAGUACGUGUUUUCUUUUCUGUUCUCAUAUCCAUAUCCAUAUACUCUACUCGCAAUCGACAAGGAAAUCAUUGGUUAA